UAACGAUUCUUCUCUUCAUCAUUGCCAAACUCAUCCUUCAGUGCUUAAUCCUUUUACAACACUUCCUUUUUGUCAUAAUAAUAAUAAUCAAACUAAUUACAUAACUGAAACAGAACACAAAAUGUCUUCGAUGGGAGCAAACUACGCACAACUACAAGUCAUGCAGAAGAAGCAAAAGGAGAAGAUGAUGAUGAGGAAGAAGAGACUGGAAAAGGAGAGACAUGGAGGCGUAGACGGUGGAGAAGGCAUCGGAGUUUCUUCUGCCGCCGCUGGAAAUAGUGGUACCAGAAUCUUUCCAGUCAAGUCUUCUCCGUCGGCAACUUACGAAGAAGUAAGAAGGCAAGAUUGAAAAUGUGAGACGGUCUUGUUUUCUAUAAGUUAAGACUUUGUGGCUUUGUGUGUGAUGUGAUAUAAGUGCCAUCCUCUGCGUCUAGGUUUUAAGUUUUUUUUUUUUUUUAAGUUACUUAAUUUGUGUUACUUAAUUUGUGUUACUUUGUUGAAUGUUAUUGUUGCCAAUUUUAUGAAAACAUUGCAUUUUCGUACA